AUGAAUGCAAAGGACUAUGGUAAGGAGGCUAAACGCCAACUAGACAAUGAAGAAUAUUACAAGAGAGUAGGAAGAGAUCUCACUCUUGAACACGAACAGCUCAUAAACCAGUGCUUAGAUACACUUAUGGACGACGGAGAAUUAGAAGAAGAAGUAGCUAAACUCUUAAGACCAGCACAAUCAAGGACUCCUAUAUUCUAUAUGCUCCCCAAAAUACACAAAGUUAACAAUCCAGGUAGACCAGUAGUAUCCUCCGUGAACAGCCACACGGAGAAGCUAUCAACUUAUGUGGACGAAUUUUGGAGACCUAUAGCAAGCUACCGUCAUACAUACAAGAUACCACACACUUCAUUAAGCGAAUACGGAGUUUGGGCAAGUUACCCGAAAAGUGUUACGCAACUCUGGAACGUAUCAAGCCUAUAUACGAAUAUAGACACAGACGAAGGACUCACUAUUGUGGAGGAAGAGCUGAGCAAAACAGACAAGAACCAAGCCAUCACCGAUUACAUUACCGUGUCUCCUCGAGAAGGUUCUUAA